AGUGCCGAAAACCACUCCCACCCGCCUCUACUAUAUAUAACCCACCAAAAGCGCCGUUCCAGAGAACCUCUCUGUGUGCUCUCGGCGGGGUCGACGCUCGCCGCCACCUGGGUCACCGGCGGCCGCGUUGCCGCCGCCCCAACCCACGCCCCAUGGAUCCUCAGACAGCCCCUAAGAAGGCCGCUGGGCCAAACACCACGGCGGCUGACGGCAGCGACGGGACCGCCACCCUCCUGGGUAGGUACCAGAUGGGUCGCCUCCUGGGCCGCGGCAGCUUCGCCAAGGUCUACAGAGCUCGCUCCAUCGCCGACGGCGGCUCCGUCGCAAUCAAAGUCAUUGACAAGUCCAAGACCGUUGACGCCGCUAUGGAACCCCGCAUUCUCCGCGAAGUCGCCGCCAUGCGCGGUCUCCGACACUCCAAUAUUCUCGGAAUCCGCGAAGUCAUGGCCACCAAGUCCAAGAUCUACCUGGUCAUGGAGCUCGCCGAAGGCGGCGACGUCUUCUCUAAGAUCCGCCGCUGCGGCCGCCUCUCCGAGACGGCGGCGCGUCGAUACUUUCAGCAACUCGUCGCCGCCCUCCACUACUGCCACCAAAACGGCGUCGCUCACCGCGACAUCAAACCCCAGAACCUCCUCCUUGACCAGAACAACAACAUCAAGGUCUCAGACUUUGGCCUCUCCGCCCUGCCGGAGCAGCUCCAACACGGCCUGCUGCACACGGCGUGCGGGACGCCGGCUUAUGCGGCGCCGGAGGUCGUCUGCCGCCGAGGAUACGACGGCGCCAAGGCCGACGCUUGGUCUUGCGGCGUCAUUCUCUUCGUCUUCCUCGCCGGAUACCUCCCGUUCGACGACAGCAACCUCGUGAACAUGUACCGGAAGAUUCAUCACCGGGAUUAUCGGUUUCCGGCAUGGAUGUCAAAAUCGGCUCGCUGGGUCGUCCACCAACUGCUCGACCCAAAUCCCCAAACAAGAAUGAGCAUCGAGGUGCUUAUGAACACUCCCUGGUUCAAGAAAUCUCUGCAAUUUUCUCAAAUUAGUACUUACGAUUCCGAAUUAGUGACAGAAAAAGAUUUUCCCACUUCAAUUUUGAACGCGUUCGAUAUAAUUUCGCUGUCGUCGGGGCUCGAUCUAUCCGGGCUUUUCGAGGCGGUGAACAAAAAGGACAAGAGGUUUACGUCGGUGGCAUCGCCGGAAACCAUUACGGAGCGGGUGAGAGAAGAGGGCGGGAAAUUAGGGUACUGUGUUAGAAGAGGGAAGACAGGUAGUUUGAGAAUGGAGAAGGGAAAUGUUCUAUUAGUAGUUGAAAUUUUGGAGGUGGCGCCCUCAUUACUGUUGGUGGACGUGAAGGUGGCGGAGGGGGUGGUGGAGUUUGGGGAGCUUCAAUGGGGGGAUCUGAAAGCCGGGCUUGGGGACAUAGCUCUUCAAUGGCACAAUCUUGAUGGGGCCUAAAGGAAUUUCGAUUCAGAGUACGCUGUUUCCGGUGAUUGUCGACCGGCGGUGGUGCUGCCGAGGAUGUCGUAUGGCGUGUGGGGUUCGAAGCGGCCGGCGGUGUCGAGCGGAGGCGCCAUUCCCCGUGGAAUCGCCUGACAGUGAAUUUGUACAGAGGGUGAGAUUGUACGUGGAGUUGCUUAAUUAGGGUUUUGAUGGAUCGAUGUAUCAAUGCUUCAUACAAUAAUGUUUUGUUGUUCAUCUGUGUGUAUCGUGGUGAUGGUGAAAGCGUGGAUGUGGAUUUUGUAGAUUUCAUCUUCCUCUCUUGGGUUUUAUUUAACAAUAAUUUAAUUUCUCAUUGCACUUUUGUUAA